AUGGAGACCGCUGCCCUCUCUGGCAACACUCGCAGGCUUUUCCAACUCAUUCGGUCCACUGGCCUCGGGAAACCUGGUGUUAGUGAGGUCAUUUAUGAGGUGGAUGAGUCUUUGAUCACCAACCAACAGAGGCGUAUGGAACGUUGGGUCGAGCACUUUCACUCGCAGUUCAACUGGCCUCCACCGUCCAUCCGUACAUGCAGUACACGUUGUUGUCCACCCUGGCUCGUCCCUUUGAAUCCACCCAGCGAAGCGGAAGUCGACCUUGAGAUUCGACGCUUGAAGCGCUUCAAGGCUGCCGGCUUAGACGGACUUCCUCCGGAGUUGUUCAAGUACGGCGGUGUGGCGAUCAUUAACCAGCUGACCGCGCUGUUCGCAAAAAGUUGGCAUGAAGAGAAAGUGUCUUCCUCUUGGGGAGAAUCAGUCAUUAUCCCGAUUUUCAAGAAAGGCGCUCGUACUUCAUGUGCAAAUCAUCGCAGGAUUAGUCUUAUUUCGAUUGCCUCUAAGUUAUUGGCAUCCAUUCUGCUUCGCAGACUAUCCCCAGUAGGUGAAUCAUACUACCGUGAAGGACAAGCUGGUUUCCGUCCUGGCCGCGGAUGCGUGGAUCAAAUAUUCACGCUCCGCCAGCUCCUCGAACAUCGCCACAUUUAUCACAUGCCCACUAUCAUUGCAUUUCUAGACAUACGUGCCGCUUUUGACUCCGUUGAUCGACCUGCUUUAUGGCGUUGCUUACUAAAGAACGGGGUGCCAGAGAAAUAUACCGCCAUCUUACGAGCCCUUUACCUUCACACAUCCGGCAGAGUGAGG